AUGGAAGAAGUUGAAAAAGAAAAGAUAGCAAAUCUAUCUUCACAAUUACUAGUAACGACAAUAUGUCACCCUAUGGAAUAUGCAAAAGUUCUUAUUCAAAUUGGAUACGAGCCGUUGCCGCCGAGACGAUCAACAACACUUUUCGGUCGGCCUGCCAUGAUAUUACCUAACGUCUUUCAGUACAUCAAGUUUAUCAAGAAAUCUGAUGGUUUUUUUGGGUGCUACAGAGGUCUCUCUGCGAAAGUACUAGGUAUCAUCGCUUCCAACCAGCUUACUUCGAAAGUAAUCAACGGUUGUGGUAUCGACCUUCCUGAAAUCAAUGACCCUCCUAAUAUCGUGACGGAUGAAGAACCUAAAAUCGAGGAUUAUUACAAACUAGCUCGUCGGGAUAUGAUUAUGCACUCGGCAUCUGUGAUAGUGUCCUAUCCUUUCCACGUUGUGUCAGUUAGAAUGAUGGCAUCGUUUGUUGGUAAAGAAGAAGAUUACAGCUCCUUGUUAGGUACUAUUGUUACCAUUUACCGCGACGAUGGCAUACUUGGUUUCUUUCAUGGAAUUGUGCCGAAACUUCUAGCAGAUUUAACUUGUGUUGCUGUCACUGGUGUAUUGGCCUACUAUGUCAACAAAUAUUUGGUGAAAACGAAAGACCUACGUUAUUAUACUGUACCACUACUCACAUUUAUUACUAGUACUCUUACUUAUCCAUUAGUGGUGGUGUCUACUUGUAUGGCUGUAGCAGGAAGUAGCCUCAGAGCUGGCAAUCCUCCACUUAUGCCAGUAUACCCCUCUUGGCAAGCCUGCUGGAGAGAUCUUCUAAGGAACAAGCAACAUAAACGAGGAUCAUCCCUAAUCUUUAGGUACUAUAUUGCUCCUAUUGCGGCUAUGCAG